AUCCAACGUCAAGCUCAAUUUGAUUCACCACCCGAAAGGAAGACAUCUGAGUCGUUCAUUCGUGAUUAAAUUUUACAAGACGUUCCACUGUUGAAAGGGUUUGUUCGAAAGCACCGUGAGCUAGCUUCAAUUUCUGGUUGAUCCACGUAGCAUCAUCAAAUUAAAAUAUACAAAAUGUUCGUGUCAACAGUCUCUCGUAUCGCCCCCGUCGCCAGGACUGCCCUCCUUAACGGCUCAAAGCAAUACUUGCGACCAUUGAGCAGCGCUGUGAUUAGCCAGAGUCAAUCCUUGGCCGCUCAGAACACAACCCCCGUUGCAUUACUGCCACAAAUCAGGUCAUUCCAGACCUCUCCAGUCACUCGUGACAUUGAUUCAGCUGCCAAAUUCAUUGGUGCUGGUGCUGCAACAGUCGGAGUCGCCGGUUCCGGUGCUGGUAUCGGAACAGUAUUCGGUUCCCUCAUCAUUGGUUAUGCCAGAAAUCCAUCGUUGAAACAACAGUUGUUCUCAUACGCUAUCUUAGGUUUCGCCUUGUCUGAAGCUAUGGGUCUGUUUUGUCUUAUGAUGGCCUUCUUGCUGCUCUUCGCUUUCUAAAGUGUUUGACAUUGAGAGAUUAUAAAUAACAGAAACAGCAACAACACCAGCUCCACCACUUUUUGUUUUUAAAAAACAUCCAAUAAUACAAACACUUAUUUAAGUUUAAAACGAAAAUAAAAAUACUAUGAUAAAAAAACUAAAAAUGUGCAGAAUACGUUGAACUAAAGCGAAUAUUAACAUUAUUGAAAACAGAAAAUGUAGAAGCAAGUCAAUUGCAAAUACAAUAUAUGGUAAUAAAAAGAGAUAUGCGCCGCAUCGGAUAUUCUACAGAUCGAAUGACAAGUUUAAGAAACCAUGUGCAAAUCAGAAUCGAAUAAGCUGUAUGGAAUAGUUCAGUCACAAUCGCAUAUAAAAGCAUCGUAGCAACAGGAAUCACAUUUUGAAAAGAACUGAAUAAAGAUAAUUCAAAAUACAUUAACCUGCUCUCGAGCAGCAGACGAUUUAAAUCUUUAAUAAGUGAAAAAAUAUACUGGAUUUUAUGGUCCGUCAUUAGAAAUGUGCACAUGUUUACUUUCUUAUCAUAUGAGCAAUACAGUUUGCAAAUCCCAUGAUAUGUGAGCCCUUGUUUGUCCUGUAUGCGCUCUCGUUAAACAACCAACAAAUGCAGGAAACAUGCGAAACAAUAAUGGAAUGCAGUGUGUAACUUAUACUGAUGCUAAAAGUUGAUUACUUAUUACUUACCGAUUUUGAUUUAUAUAUAUACAUACAGAUAUAUUUUUCGUGCAUGAGAUCACAACAUAUUGUUGCUGCGUACGCAUUUCUUAGAUAAUUACUAUAUAAGAACGAAUGAAAAGAAUUGAGUCUUAAGUAUAUACUACUUACACUGCUCAUUUAACUAUAAUAAUUUAUCCAUAGAUGCAUUCUAGAUUGUGACGUAAAUUAGGCAUUGAAUAAAAUCAAGAUGGAGUUCAUGAAUGGUUAAACAUAA